CUCUGUUUGCGGCUGGAGAAGAUGGCUGCGCGUGGAGGUUAUCAGCCUGCGACACCGGGUGGUGGCGGCGGCGGGGCAGCAGCAGCUGCGAUGGGACCCGGGACGCCGGUGGCCGGUGCAGGGCCCGGUAUGGGUCCCGGUACCCCCACAGGACGGAUGGGACCAGGGGGUCCGCAGAACCACAUGUACCGAUCUCCGAUGCCCGGGCCCGGAUACCCGAGACCAGGAAUGCCACCAGCGAGUCGUAUGACACCUCAGGGACCCUCCAUGGGACCCCCAGGUUACGGGUCCAGUCCAGUGUCCCGCCCAGGCAUGCCAGUCAUGGACCCGUCCCGCAAGAGACCGGCGCCAAAUCAGAUCCAACAGGUCCAGCAACAGAAUCGCAACCAACAUGCCAAGAAGAAGAAAAUGGCAGAUAAAAUUCUACCUCAAAGAAUCAGAGAACUUGUUCCCGAGUCUCAAGCGUACAUGGAUCUGCUGGCAUUUGAGCGUAAACUCGAUCAAACCAUCAUGCGCAAGAGACUCGAUAUUCAGGAAGCUCUCAAGAGACCCAUCAAGCAAAAGCGAAAGCUACGUAUAUUUAUCUCUAACACCUUCAACCCGGCCAAACCCGAUGCUGAGGACGGAGAGGGAACCGUUGCGUCAUGGGAGCUGCGUGUGGAGGGGCGACUUCUAGAGGAUGCUGCUGUAUCCAAAUAUGAAGCCACCAAACAAAAGAGGAAGUUCUCCUCUUUUUUUAAGUCUUUAGUGAUCGAGUUGGACAAAGACUUGUAUGGACCUGACAAUCAUUUGGUGGAGUGGCACAGAACCGCUAACACUCAGGAAACAGAUGGAUUUCAGGUGAAGAGACCCGGUGAUGUUGGUGUGCGCUGUACUGUACUGCUCAUGCUCGACUACCAGCCUCCUCAGUUUAAAUUGGACCCCAGACUGGCGCGGUUGUUGGGCAUCCACACUCAGACUCGACCCGUGAUCAUUCAGGCUCUGUGGCAGUAUGUGAAGACCCAUAAACUGCAGGACCCUCACGAGCGAGAGUUCAUCAACUGUGAUAAAUAUCUCCAACAGAUCUUUGAGUCCCCGAGGAUGAAGUUCUCCGAGAUCCCUCAGCGUCUGCAUGCGCUUCUGAUGCCCCCUGAGCCAAUCAUCAUCAACCACGUCAUAAGCGUGGAUCCCAAUGAUCAGAAGAAGACUGCGUGUUAUGAUAUUGAUGUCGAGGUGGACGACACGCUGAAGACGCAGAUGAACUCUUUCCUGCUGUCAACAGCCAGUCAACAAGAGAUUGCGGGCCUCGACAACAAGAUCCAUGAGACCAUUGAAACCAUUAACCAUCUGAAGACUCAGAGGGAGUUCAUGUUGAGUUUUGCUCGAGAUCCGCAGGGCUUCAUCAACGACUGGCUGCAGUCCCAGUGCAGAGACCUGAAGUCAAUGACAGAUGUGGUUGGAAACCCGGAGGAGGAAAGGAGAGCCGAGUUCUACUUCCAGCCCUGGGCUCAAGAGGCCGUCUGCCGUUAUUUCUAUUCAAAGGUCCAACAACGGCGACAGGAGCUGGAACAGGCUCUUGGCAUCAGAAACACAUAAGCCUGUGUUUGUUUUGACAGGACCAGAGAGGAUUCUGGGUAGCAAAUUUCCUGCUGCAGACCUUGAUCACUACAGUUGUAUUAGUUUAUCUUCUGUUGUCCUGCUGUAGCUGCCCAAGAUCUAUGAAUUACCAUAUUUUGAUUGUGACUUGGGCCAAACUGACACCCCUUAUCCAUGUUUUUUACCUCUUUAAUCCAAGCUUCCCAAUGCAGUUGGUGGUGAUAAGUGUUUUCAAGGCGAUUAGUUUUCCGCACAAUUUGUUGGAAGUUUUCGUAAUAGAUUUAGACGCAAACAUAAAUUCUUCCGCUAAUGUUGCUGAAUUCCCUCCCAACAAAUCUGUAAUUUCAAUGGGGUCAUUGUUUUAUUUGUUUUUUUGUAAUAAUACAUUUUGUCUUUGAUAUUUUAACGUUCUUAUAAUAUGAACUAUAUGAAGAUCUAGUGUAGUCAAGUGUAAAUGACGAUUAUGGAUGUAGUUUAGAGGAAGUUCCUUAAACAGUUCUGUUGCCGUUAAGGAAAUCCUGUUGGUCAAGACCCAAGUUGGAUUUCCGAAGUUUCAGAAAUCAAGCAGUUGUUUUGUGGCGUUUGUUAGCGAAAGAGGCUCCACAAGAUUUGUCGUACUGCUGAUUGACCUCUGAUGGUACAGAAGUCCCAAUCUUACCUCGGCUUGAUUUACUGGUAAAUGUAUAUGGAGAAUUACUUCUAAGAUUUGAUGAAUAAUUUGAUAUAGUCUAUAUAGGCAACUUGUCAGUGUGAAAUGACAAUAUGGAAAACCCACAAAUGCAAAUACUAUUAGUUCAUGGCUCCAUUAAAAUAAAUGUUUUAUAGAUGCGCUGAAUAUGCUAGACCAUAGGUUAUUUAAAGCAUUUAGAAGUCAAGUGCUGAAGACUUUAACAUUCUGAGUUGUUAAAUGUUUAACUGCGUGUCUUUUUCUGAAGUCAUGAGAUGCAUUUUUGAGAUCCAUUUUAUAUCAUGUUUUAUUUUCUUUAAUGGACCAAUUAUUAUUGUAUUUCUCUGUUAGCCCUUGUGUUAUAA